AUGACGGUGCGCGACUAUAUCCGCAAGUUUAUACUGAUAAACAAGAAGAACCACAAGUUACAGUUGGCCAAUCCGUUGGAGUUACUGGUCAUAGUGCUGUUGCCCCCAUUGUUCAUCUUUGUGUCAGUACUAAUGCGGUUCUUCGUACCCGUGGAUCCCCGAUCCGAUAAAGUGUACAGUCCGAUUGAUUUGGACCGCAGCUGGAUGCAAAUGGUGGAGAAGCUGGAGAAGGCGCGAUUGGUGGCGGAUAAACAUAACAUCAAGGGAAACCCAUUUACACCGCAUCUGAUUAUCGGUUGGGCACCGAAAAGCUAUGUGGUCUUUCAGUCGAUCAUGAGCAUGAUGCAGUCCCAAAUCGAUCCAAUGACCACGGUGAAUUUCGAUAACUGCGAGAUCUUGCGAAAUGAGAUGAUCGAGAGCAGUCUAUUUGCGGGUCUCUGUUUCGAUGGCAGUCCGUUCACGCGGGAUCAAAACUUUGAGGAGGGCACCUUGAGAACCGAAGAGAGAGUCAUUCCGAUUCUUAACUAUACGAUCUUUCUGCCCAGCGAGCUGAGGAUGAUGGAAGGGGACUUCCAUAAGUCCAACUGGAUGACUCUGAACAAGGACGAUCCGUUCAGCUUCCUGCUCGAUCGACUCAAUCAGCCGUAUGAUGGCGGAUUCGUGGGCUACGUUCGCGAGGGUUUUAUCCGGCUGCAGAAGGCUGUCACCGAAUCCUUCCUGGACCUGAUCAGCCAUAAAUCCUUGCCGGCCAUCCACUUAAGGCGCUUUCCCCUCACCGCCCGAAAACAGGAUCCCCUGAUGUAUAUCCUCGACUAUGGCAUGCCUAUUCUCAUUGUAUUCGGUUUCCUCUUUCCCACCCAGCUAUUCGUUUGGCAGGUGGUAAGUGAAAAGCAGUCGCAAGUUCGCCAGUUCCUGAUCAACAUGAAUAUAGGCAAUCUUAUUCACUUCCUUUCCUGGUAUAUCAAGGGUUUGAUUUACAUGAUGAUAAGCUCAGUCAUCAUCGUGGUGCUUUUAAAGAUACGCUGGGACGAGGAUAACGGGGUGCUGACCCAAACGCCCUGGUACAUACUGGUUGUAGUAAUGCUCUGCUACAACUGUGCGUCACUUGCCUUUGCGAUAAUGGUGGCAUCCUUUUUCCGGAAUGCCCUCAACGCCGUGCGGGUGCUAACAAUCCUAUGGAUAUUAACGUAUUUGCCCAUCGUUGUUCUGUGGAAUAAUCCGGAAGGACAUAUGCAUGCCGUGCGCUACAUAUCCUAUGUGCUGCCAAAUGUGGUGAUAACUAUGGUAUUUGAGAGUCUGAUCGAACGGGAGUCGGUGGUCCAUGUUUCGUGGGAGGAUCAUGACUAUAAAAUCAACUAUGACGAGGCUUCCAUAACGGUGGCCUCGAGCAGCUGGAUAUUCAUGGUGAACGCAUUGAUCUACUUUGCCAUUGGUCUGUAUGUAGAUGGAUGGCGCGCCAGUGACCGAUCCGGUAAGAAAAUGAAAAAACCCAGCACGAAUACCAGUGUGCAGGAGGAUCCGUAUCGAGAUCGGGCGGAUAGCUUUGCGCAACAGGGUCAGUCCAUUGGGGUUAAUUCCACAAAGAUCUAUGAGGUAGAACCCUCACAUCGCCGUUUCAAACUAAAGAUCAAAAAACUGUGCAAGCGAUUUGGGGCCAGCGAUCGUCCGGCACUGAAUCUCUUUUCGUGGAAUGUGUACGAGAACGAGGUCACCGUUUUGAUGGGUCACAAUGGCUGUGGCAAGACUACACUGCUAAAAAUACUUGCCGGCUUGCUGGAGCCCACGCGGGGCACUGUGAUGAUAUCCACCUAUAAUAUACAGACCGAAAGGAAGGCGGCAUCCAUGGAACUGGGCAUCGCAUUGGGCAAUGAAAUGCUCUUGGGCGGCUACACUGUCAUUGAUUAUUUGAGAUUUAUUUGCCGGGUUAAGGGAUUGCAUAACUCCAUCGAAAUCGAUGGACAGGCCAACUAUUUUUUGAAUAUCCUGCAAAUCGGAGAUCUGAAAACCAAGCGUAUCCGCACUCUCACCGGCCGGGAUUUGUGUUUGGUGAGCAUUUGCAGUGCCUUUGUGGGAAACAGUCCCAUAAUCCUUAUAGACGAUAUACACUCGGAUCUGGACAAGCGCACGCAGACGCUGGUCUGGAAUCUGAUCAACGAGGAGAAGUCUAAGCGAACCAUCAUUCUGGUCUCCAAUUCCCCACCGCUGGCUGAGAAUAUAGCUGAUCGAAUGGCCAUUAUGUCGAAUGGGGAACUCAAGUGUACCGGGACGAAGCCCUUCUUGAAAAAUAUGUACGGACAUGGCUAUCGAUUGACCUGCGUGAAAGGGAAAAACUGCAAUAUGGAAGAGCUGUUCAUCCUGAUGAACAGCUAUAUCCCCAACAUGAGCAUCGAGAGGGAUAUUGGCUAUAAGAUCACAUUUGUGCUGGAGAACAGGUAUGAAGAUCUGUUUCCGAUCCUGAUCGAAGAUCUGGAGAACAAUAUGCAGCGAUUGGGCGUGGUCAGUUUCCGGAUUCGGGACACUUCGAUGGAAGAGAUCUUUCUGCGAUUUGGUUGCGAGGAGAACGACCUGAGCGGCGGUUUUCAGUCGCCCGAGAAUGCCCAAGUCCUCAUGGAGGAGUACUAUGUCACCUUGGCGGAGGCCAAUGAAAAGGGUCUAAGGACGGGCUGGAAACUGUUUUUUUUGCAGGGCAGAGCAAUUUUCUACAAACGUUGGAUCGCGUUCUACAAGCAUUGGAUCAUUUUUCUUAUCGAGCUGUUCACCCAUGUUAUGAUAAUGCUGGUCAGUUUUUGUAGCAUUUUAGUGUAUGGAAAGAACUUCGAAUUGCAGCCGCUGACCUUUAACCUCAGCCAACUGAACACCGUCGACGCCUUCGUGGAGCUCUUUUCCGAGGAAGUGGAUGUCAGGGAAAUGCAUGCAUAUUACACGGAACUGCUCUAUUGGUACGAUGCUCAUCUGACGCUGCUGACGAAGAGCCACCGUAACACAUAUGCCCUGCUGACCCAAAGCGAUUUUACCAGCCGCGUCAACGGGGCCCAGAUAUUCGGGGCCACCUUUGACAAGGAGAUCGUCACCGCCUGGUUCAAUAAUGUACCACUGCAUACGGCACCCUAUGCCUUAAAUGUUGUUCACAAUGCGGUGGCCAGGAAACUGAUUGACGAAGAGGCCACCAUCGAUGUAACCCUGCAACCGCUUCCCUUCCAGACGAGCAUCAACAUGUUUCCUCCGUGCAACCACACUUUUGGUGCCAGUUUAGCCUCCUCCAUUGCCAUUGUGAUGAGUUUCCUAUGGCCCGCAUUUGUGGUCUACCUGAUUAGCGAGCGUGGGAGCUUUAUGAGAAAGCAACAGUUUUUGGCCGGUGCCAGAGUUUGCAGCUACUGGAUGUUCAUGUUUCUAUAUGAUAUCGUCUUCCUGCUGACCUACUCUGUGAGCAUUGUAGCUGUGCUGGCCAUCUACAUGGAUCCCUACCACGACACUGAACUGUACGUCCUUUUAUUGGUCACUUUGAUGCUUGCUGGAAUUUGGGUGAUCCUGCUCGCUUAUUUACUAUCGGGAAUCUGCCGGAACCCGUGUUAUGGAUAUUUGUGGCUAUGCGGGAUAAACGUUUUGGGCUUCAUCAUGUUUGUGCAAAAGUUUCAUGCUGGUGACGAGUCUAUGGGCCCAGAGCUGGGGUUUUUGACUAUGUACACGGUGGGCGUGAUAAUUGUCAAGGCUUUCGUGAUCUACGAAGGAAAAGUAACUUGCGAGGAUCCCAUUAUUAACUUUACCUCCGUUGAGGUUUUCAAGUGCAAGAGUUCCCCUAACUGCUGCAUACACUUGGACUACACUACUCCCGGCCAAGGCAUUAUUGAAGAACUUGCGAUACUGUUUGCACUUGUCAUCAUAGUCGGGAUUUUGGUGUUUAUAUGGGAGUAUUAUUCGAUCGUGGGAUUUGGACGAUGUCGCAGGGCAUCGAAGAAGGCUGUUCAGAGGGAUAGAAACAAGGAAAAUCUGUAUCCCGGUCAUAUGUCCCAGGAUUCCGCGGUCAUUGCUGAAAAAUGCCAGGCCAGUAAUUUAACAGAAGAGGAGCGGAAGCAAUAUGCCGCUGUAGCAGUUGGGAUUGUCACAAAGAAUCGACGUGUUGAAGUGCUCAAAGACCUGGACUUCUCAGUGGCUAAAUCGGAGUGCCUCAGCAUAAGUGGAGCGAAUAACUCCGGCAAGUCGAUGCUGUUAAAGCUUCUGGUUAGCGAGACGAGUUUGAAGAGCGGACAAAUCUGGAUCAAGGGGUACGCGAUGCACCUGAACCGGUUGAAGUGCUACAGGAUGGUGGGCUACUGUCCGCAGAGGGACAACCUGCCGGCGGAGUACACACCCCGCGAACUGCUCUACAUCCACGCCCUGAUCAAGGGUCACCGACACCGGAUGGCCCGGGAGCUCUCCGACUCCCUGCUCCGGAUGCUGGGACUUACCCCCUGCUGGAACCGAUCGGUGCGCCUCUGCACCUCUGGUCAAAUCCGACGAUUGUACUUUGGUUAUGCCAUACUGGGAUCACCGGAUUUUAUCUGCGUGGAUGGAGUUCCAGCCGGUCUGGAUCCCACCGGCAAGCAAAUCGUCCUGAUGAUGACCUCCACCAUGCAGGCGAUGGGUUCCAGUUUCCUGUACACCACUCUCACGGGUCUGGACUCCGAGCGACUGUGUCUGCAUACGCCGCUCCUUUUGGAGGGUCAACUGUGGACUAUGGAAUCCGUGGAUUCCCGGAACGAGAACUACAAGGGCAGCUAUCAGCUGGAGGUGCGGUUCAAGCGCAAGAUCAAUCCCAAUGUCAGCAUGUCACGUACCACCUGGAACCUCAUCAAUCACUUUCCCAUGUCACCGAACAAGAAGUUCAGCGCCUUCAUGGAGAUCAAGUUCCCCGAGGCCACACUAAAGGUCGAAAGAGAGGACUCAAUGGUGUUCCAAAUUCCCUUGGGCACCACCACCUUCGCGGAGAUAUUUCUUACACUACGCAAAGAUGCCUUCGAGAUGAACGUCGAUGACUAUUACAUCACGCGCAACUUGCGCAUGGGCUUCCAGAUCUUCACCAUUGAUCAGUUUCACGAUAAUAAUCCAUAGGUAUCGCAGUCUUGUACU